AUGCCCAGUACAGCGCGAAAAGGAAAGCAGAUGGUUGCGAGAGGAGUUGAACGGCGGGUGUCUAUGGUGAAAGAUGGAGUGAACAAUCCAACCAGCCGUAGCUACGAUUUGGCAGACUUAGUACCUGUUCGCAUCCUGAACAAUAACAGCACACACAAGAGCGUUUCACUGUUGGGGCAUUUUGUAAGCCUAUCGCGUGACGAUUACGCGAUCGUUGUGUUGGAAAAGACGGCCUUCACUGAGAGGCAUAUUGUGAGGCAGCAAAGAUAUUUGGUGGGAGAAACUGCCCAAGAUUAUCAAACCGUGACAUUGCCUCAUAUACAAAAGGAUCAGCUAAGCUUAGAGUGGCUUUACAAUAUACUAGAGCAUUGGAAAGAGAAGGAUCGCAUAGUUUUUGAGGAUCCGUCAGAGGAAAUUGGCUUCAUAUUGUUGCCGGAUUUAGAAUGGGAUGGUAAAACAUUGGAACAACUUUAUCUACUCGCUUUAGUGCGCCAGCGAGGUAUCAAGUCAUUGCGGGAUCUAAACGCUACUCAUUUACCAUUGAUGAAAAAUAUUCAAACACGUGGCAUUGAAGCAAUUAAAACACGUUACGGAAUUAACGCUGAUCAAUUACGAAUCUACAUUCACUAUCAACCCACAUUUUACCACCUACACGUGCAUUUCACAUACCUGAAGCACGACCCACCGGGUAUUUAUUGCGAGAAAAGUCACCUUCUAACAUCGGUUAUUGGGAAUGUCGAACUGCUACCAGACCAUUACCGGAAAGUGACACUCUCUUGCGUUUUAAGUGAAACUGAUAAAUUGAACGUCAAAUUUGAGGCAGCAAAGAGCGAACUGAAUGAACCAGAUGACACCACAACCAACCGAUGA